AAACAGUGGUCGUUUAAGGGGUUUCAGGCGUAUUCGAUCUAGGGUUUGGUUUUUCACUUUAUAAGCCUCCCAAAUACACGCGACGAGCAGCUGUCUCCGCCUCCCUGCAAAACAAACCCAUCUCCAAUUCUGCUUGCCAAAGUCGAAGCGAAUAUGGAGACCACCACAACAUCAGCGGCUGCACGGCAGCUGUCUCAGAAAGAGACGGAUAUCCAGCUCAUGCUGGCUGCAGAGGUCCAUCUCGGCACUAAGAAUUGUGACUUCCAGAUGGACCGCUAUGUCUUCAAGCGCCGCAAUGACGGAAUUUAUAUCAUAAACUUGGGUAAGACAUGGGAAAAACUCCAGCUUGCUGCCAGGGUUAUCGUAGCAGUUGAGAACCCUCAGGACAUUAUUGUUCAGUCUGCCAGGCCCUAUGGUCAGAGAGCAGUGUUGAAGUUUGCCCAGUACACUGGUGCUCACGCAAUUGCUGGAAGGCACACCCCUGGAACAUUCACCAACCAGCUGCAGACCUCUUUCAAUGAGCCUCGCCUCCUAAUCCUCACAGAUCCAAGGACUGAUCACCAGCCCAUUAAGGAGGCAGCUCUUGGGAAUAUACCGACUAUUGCAUUCUGUGACACAGAUUCCCCAAUGGGACAUGUCGAUAUUGGAAUACCUGCAAAUAACAAGGGGAAGCAUAGCAUUGGCUGCCUCUUUUGGCUUUUAGCCAGGAUGGUUUUGCAAAUGCGUGGCACAAUUCGUCCAGGGCACAAGUGGGAUGUUAUGGUGGAUUUAUUUUUCUACAGGGAGCCUGAGGAAGCCAAGCAGCAAGAAGAAGAAGCUGUUGCUGCUAUUGAUUAUCCUCCUCCAACUGACUUUGCAGCUGAUCAAUGGACUGGUGCUCCAAUUGGCGACCAAUGGACUGAUGUUCCACAUGCUCCUAUUCCUACUGCCCCUGGUGUCAGCUGGUCAGCAGAUGCAGCACCAAUUGUAGAUAAUGACUGGGUUGUAGCUCAGCCACAAUUAUCGGCACCUGGAUUGGACACUGUUGCUGCUCCUCCUGUUCCUGAGGCUGAGUGGAAUUGAAUGCAGACUUCAAUUAUUGAGUUUUCUUUUUUGUGAGGUUUUGCCAUUAAUUUCUAUUGUUAAUUGGGAACCGAAACUUUCUUGUUUAUUGGGGAGCACAACUUAGUUGUAGACAUGCAAUUCUAGUGAUUUUGAAUUUUGAAGGGGAUGCUAUAUUUUGAACAUGCUA